GAAACAGAUCUUGAAUAUGAAACCUUUGAAUUCAUACUGUCGUCAAUAGCUAGCUGUACCUUGCAACCACUACCAUCUCCGGGCACCAUCAUGGGCAUUGCCUAAAUUGGUUUUAGAUUUUGAAGGCCGAAGAUACCCUCCACUCAUCCUAUCUUUCACACAAAGUUGUCAGUUUCUUUCUUUUUCCAAACGUCCUUUUCGGUUUAAAUCGUUGCGAAAAUGCAACAUGAUCGCGCGAUCGAAGCUCUUGAUAAGACGACUGUGCGUCGCUUGCAUUCUGGUCAAGUCAUUGUCGACAUUGAUUCCAUAGUGAAAGAAUUGAUUGAGAACGCUUUGGAUGCAAACGCACGUAGCAUCGACGUGAAGCUCGUAGAUAAUGGGCUGAAGCUUGUACAGGUUAAAGAUGAUGGACACGGCAUCGAUAGCGAGAGCCGUCCCUUGAUGGGCCAGCGUUACCACACUUCGAAAAUUACAUCUAUGGAUGAUUUGAAGCACUUAACGACACUUGGGUUUCGAGGCGAGGCGCUGAACUCGAUUUGCGCUCUAUCCGAAACCUUCCAAAUUACUACAAAGACUGAAAACGACACACUUGCUAUGCAAUACGAACUGGAUCGUUCGGGUAAUCAGACAAGUCAUCAGCCUAUUGGCUUAAUAUCACAUACUGGCACACUCGUGUCAGCAUACAAGCCAUUUUUCAACGUUCCUGUGCGACAACAAAUGAUACAAAGGUCAUUUAGUUUCAAACGGAUCCAAGACUUGCUGACAAGAUACAGCUUGAUUUACCCUGAGAUUCGGUUCGCUUUGACAAGCUCGGUAGAUGGAGUGGGCGCAUUGUCCCGCAUUUCUGGGGCAAAUAAGUGGGUAAAGCCAGCGACAACUGGUAUCAUGAAAUCCAUUGCAACAGUUUAUGGUAGUCAAUUGGUGGAUAUGUUGGAGCAUCAUCGUCUCACAGCAGCCGCUGAUCAGCUAUCCAUGGAGUGUGUUUUAGCCAAGCCUAACGCAGAUCCAGCUACUGUUUAUCGCGGUGAGCGCGUGCAUGUCUAUAUCAACAAACGUCCAGUUAACCAUGCAAAGUGCGAUCUGAAGGAAAUUGUUGCCCUCGCUCGAAAACGAUACAACAGCGAAUCAUCGAAAAAGACACCAUUCAUGUUUGUCAGCAUACAGCUCAAUGGGGAUCAGCUGGAUGUGAACCUUGAACCGAGCAAAAUGGCAGUAAUGCUACAUCAUAAGCAAACAGUGAUUGAGCUGUUCGAAAAUUUGGUCGAACGGAUUUAUAGAUCGCCUACGCAUAGACUAUUUGGCACUGUUCAGCAGCGAGCGGAUGACCACAUUAGUAAUUAUGAGCGUUUACAAGAACCAGAGCUAUCUCCAUCAUCCUUGCAAGAAGCGCCAUCAAUUGCGUCAGCAGGAGAUAAUUCGAGUCUUCCAGCACAAAUGGAAUUGCAAGAAGCAGCAUCAGCGCAUGUUGGAGCUACUGAUAAUGUCUUGGCUGAUACAAACCAAACAUCAGGGCGUGGAACGGAGAUGCGAGAAAAUAGCCAGACGAAAAACGUUGAAAAGCCAAUAACGCAUGGAACAAAUGAUACUUUGCAUGACAUAUCGAACCCCACACCCAUUGGAUCCAAGGAGAUUCCAAGCCAAGCAUCCGAUGCUUGGAUCGAUUCUUUGAAAAGAAUGGAUGUCGACAUGCCUUCCUUGGAUAUACAGCUGCAACGACAGCUUAUCCAGCUACCAGCAAUAAACGAACAAGAGAAACAGCAUCCUGACAAUAUCAAUGAUGAGGAGGUUGACGAGGAUGAGCAAGAAAGUGCAGCGGGCGAUACUGGCGUGUGGAAAUUCUCAAUGUGCAGUCAAGGAAUGUCGAGCAGCAGCAGUAGCAGCAAUGAUGAUACUGAUGAGCGAGAUCAGCUUUUACUAUCCGAAGACGAGAACGACUUGCAAGUUUGUGUAGAAGAAACUGGACCGCGUGUUCGAUCGUUGACGGAAUGGUUGAAGCAGCCUUGCAAACAACAGCAACGUCAGGAUCAGCAGCAACCAGCUCAGGUACCAACAACUGCCCCACCAUCAGCGAUAUCCCGACCUACGGGUGCUAUAAAACCAUCCAUUUCAUCUGCAGUACCAGAAGCAGUUUUGGUAGUGAAUAAUACAGCAACAACAACAGCAAGAAUAUCUCCACAAAUUACGUUGCCGGCAGUAACGGAAUUGUCUGAACGACCAACAUUAAACACAGAAUCUACUGCUUCAUCAUCGACACGACCAAUGCGGGACCCUCAACGUUUUAGUCCAUUAGCAACAGCGCGAUCUCUGCCCCAGCAGCGAGAAGAGCAAAUUUCCUGUGCUCCAGUAUCCUCAUCCUCAGUAGCAGCAACACCUCGGCCACCUACGGCGACGCCGACAAGAUUAAUAUCACGAGCACGCCGUUCAAACCGACAGCUAUUUGUAGAAACUAGCCCUGACUUCGAACCUCAGUUAUCUACGAACGAAGAGUCACAAUGGCAAGUGGACCCUGUUUCUUUGAACGGUCGACGCGAGCCAUCAUCCAUGAUAUUGGAUAUCCGGCAGCAGCCGCAAAGACAGGCUAGCGCACCUCUAACAGAGAACCAAGCAAAGAAUUCGCAUCCAACAAGCAACAAUCGUAGUUUAUAUGAUAUGUUCCGUAUGCAACAGUCGAACAGACUAUCUUUACCACCAGUAGCACCAUCUUUACCAGUGCGUACGGCAACUGAAAAGGGAAAGAGCGAUUUAACGCGACAUCAUCCAUCCAUUACAGAGCACCCGACUUUACCUCCACAUCCUGCUAUUGCACAACAUCAAAGUCACCCAACACUAUCAUCAGUGCUAUCCUCGCCAUCUGAUUCAUCCGUUGCAACUGCUAGCAUUCCAAGGAAACUAUACCUGCAAACUAUUUAGCGCAAUAUCAGCGAUGGUUACGGUACCAUCGCG